GCAGUAGUACUCUCCGCCAGAACGAAACCUCGAGACUCUCGACCCGACCAGACUCGACUCACUCAAGUCGAGUGCAUGCAUGGAAGUACAAUGAGAUGUUCCGGUACAGGUAUUCAACAAGAUGUCUCCCUACACAAAUCCCCUUCAGCUAAAAACAUCAAAUGCUCCGCAACACAACCUAACGUUGCUAAACCAAGAACCACAACACGAAACAUCACUCUUUGAAACCACAAAGAUGAAAUCCACCAUUGGAAAAGACGAUCAAACAAGAAAGCAGCCUUUCGCCAAGAUGGGGAGGCUGUUGUUGAAAUCAAUUUUGCCCGACCGCCCCCGCAAUUUGACAGCAUGGCGGCCCUUGGCAAAGCUUGGAAAACGCAUGUUCCGCCAACCAUCCCAGCAGGCAAAGCCCAGAACAGAACUCAGAUCCCGACAGAAGAAGGCAAAUUCUGACGAGGAACGCCAAGAAGCCCACGUCCAGAAUGAGAUUGCCCUUAACCCCCUGCGUUCUGUCUGGGGUUUGGUGGAACAGUACAUGGACGCCGACUCUGUAUUCAACAUGGCCAGUACUUGCUCCACUGCCCAUUGUCUGUUUCGUGAAACAGAGAGCUUUACCAAGCCUUCCUUGCCCCACAUACUUCACCAUCAAGCCAGGGCACCCAAGAUCUACUAUGAAAUAGAUCCCACAAAGCCACGCUUGGGGCGGGAGCGUAAAAUGGUGCAAGUCAAGCAUUCCUUCCUUGUGCUUUUGAUGGAGUCCCCAGAAGUGGAUGGUGACUAUCGCAAGGUACAACUCCACUUCAUCUUUGACUAUCCCACCAAGCAGAAAUAUGCUAUGUUGCUCCCUUUUGUGUAUAUGCCGGUGAUGUCGAAUACACGGGUUCAUAUUGAUGGUUAUGGAUACAACACCAAUAAAGAGGCCUGGAUGAAGGUUCCUGUGGAGCCAAGCACACGUGUCACAGCCUUGAUGAAACAGGCCAUCACCAAGUGCCACGAAGAGCUUCUCCAAUAGUUUUCCCGUUUUGCAAGAUAGAAGGCAUGUUGAGUUGUUUCAUGGAAAGCCAUUGUGAUGAUAUAUUAGAUCUUGAAGCAUACCAGCAACGACUUGAAAGGCUUCCUCAAGCUCUUACCGGUAGACGAGAGAUAUUGGAUCCAUGAAGCCUCUCCAGAGUAUAAACCCCUUCCCCGAUUCCACAGGUCGUUGCAAGCCUCCCCACAGAUAGGACACAACAACUAGAAUAACUACAUAGAUGACUGAUGAGUGCGGCAAGAGGAA